AUGAGAAGGCGACCUGAUGAAUUGUCCUCGGCUGUGUUUUCUGUGCUGCUUCCGAAUGAUAUCCUUACGCUUUGGUUUGGAGGAUAUGGUGGCGGCACUGGACGACUCGAUGACUUUUGGUCCUUUGACUUUGAAAGUCGCAUCUGGGAAGAGGUUCAAGUCGAAAGCGUGGAGAAACCAGGAUGCCGCGAGAAUAAUGGAGUUGUCAUUUCCGAUUCAAGUGACAGCAUCUACCUGUUUGGAGGGUACGAUGGAGGUAACUGGUUGAAUGACCUCUGGAAGUUCGAUAUCGAGAGCAAACGUUGGACUUGUAUUCAGGGCUCGUCGGAUGCGGGGCCCGCCGAUGAAGCGAGCUCAUUGGCUGUAGAAGAAUCAGGUCAUGGACAAGCUGCCCCUAUUCAGGCGAGACAGGUCAGAGGGAAGGUACCUUCUCGACGCUUUGGUUAUGUCUCAGUCGUUCAUGCAGGUCGUCUCAUCUUAUGGGGAGGUUUUGACGGCACACAAUGGUUGAAUUGUAUGCAUGAGUUUUCGUUUGCCACCAAAACCUGGAGAGAAAUUCAGCCCAGCGGACUCAUUCCUUCUGUCCGAUCUUGUCCCGCGUGGGCAAAAGACGACACACAUGUCUACAUCCAUGGCGGCUACGACGGAGUGGAAAGAAAGAGUUGCUUUUUUGCAUGCGACCUGUCAACGUACUGUUGGACGCAAAUGCCAAGCUAUGGGACAUGCCCAAGCGCUCGCUACUUCCAUUCAUGUUGUCUCUAUGACAACAAGUAUUUCGUGUAUGGCGGCUAUUCUGGAAAUGAAAGGCUGGCCGACAUGCAUUGCUAUGAUUUCGUGACGAACCACUGGACUGAAGUUGACUGUACCAACGGUGACGCUCCUAGUGGUCGAUCCUCGCUUGUCUGUCAGGUGCACGAAAGCGUCGUAUACAUUUUUGGAGGCUACAAUGGCACUUCAGUGCUGAACGAUUUUCACAGAUUCCGGUUGAAACCUGUUGGUUUGCCUCCGCCGUCACUUGUCUCAGACUUUCGACGACUCAUCAACAAUGCAGAACUAGCGGAUGUCAGCUUUGUUGUAGAAGGAAAGGUGGUUCAUGCUCACCGCGCUGUACUGGCGUGUCGAUCAGAGUACUUUAGAGUCAUGCUGCUCACUGGGGGUAUGAAGGAGAGUCAGAUGACUGAUGGCACAACCGUGGGGUCAAACAAUGAUGCACGACAAAAUUCUCCUAUCCACCUGCAAGACGUUUCGUACAGCGUUUUCCUUCAGGUCCUUGAGUUCUUAUACACAGAUACGGUAGCCAGAGUGUCACUGGACACGGGAAUACACCUCAUGAUAGCAAGUGAGCACUUCAUGCUUGAUAGGCUGAAGUCGCUCUGUGAAGAUGCCAUUCGACGAGACUUGGACUUGGAUAAUUGCAUUGAUAUUUUGGUUGCCAGCCAUCGCCAUCGGGCUGGAAACCUGAAAGAAAUUGCCCUUGAGUUUAUUAUGCAGAACCUAGGAAACGCCACAAUUCAAAACGGCCUCUCGAGUUUGAAGCCAGAAGCGGAACUCCUGGUUGAGAUACUGCAACGAACUACCGCUCUGUUCGUCCCGCCUACUCCCCAGAGCCCCACAGGCGACAGGCCCAAUGCUCUGGACGAUCACAUAUAG